CUAGGUUGCAACAUGUAACACGCUGACAAAUUAUUAAGUGCAGUAAGCGUGGAGGUUUGUCUGUUUUGGUCGGCAAGCUAGCCCCGAAAAAAACCCUUAAUGGAUUGUAUUUAACAAAUCUUUCCCUUCAAGAAAGAGUAGUACACAGGACUACAACAAAAUGUCAACAGCAUCAGCUUCUGUGGUCCGGUACGGUCGGCGAAAGGGCUCCUCGAAAAACAUUCAUGCACAAGAGAUGAAAACUGAACCGAUGCCACAGCCGGAUCUACGCCAAGUCACUAUCCUGCCGAAGUCAGAGUGGCUUCGUAUUCAAGACAGUUUGAACCAUGUAAACAAAUAUAAUGAAAGUCUCAAGGAGGCUGCCAAGCAAAGAGAAGCCAUGCAUCAAUGCUCCAAAGAAGUGGUGAAAUUCUGGUCCAAUACCAUUGCUGGUCAAAGACAAAAAAAGCUGGAGGCCAAGAAGAUUAGAGAAGAGGUGGAAGAGGAGGAGCGAAAAAGACUAGACCUGGAAGAGGCCAUGUACCAGGCCGAGAAACGGAAAGAAGCCAUUGAAAGAGCAAAAGCUCAGCAAUACUACCAGACCGAUCGAGUUAAAGGAUUUCAUAGUGCUUUGCUCUUGACGGAAGUCCUGAAGGAGAGAGAGGCUCAGCUUGAGCUGAAGAGACGUAUCCGUGAGGCCUCCCGCGACAAGGACAAAGAGGUCAUGAUCACACUGAAGCAUCGGGAUGAGCAGGCCUUGCAGCAGGAGAUGGAGAAGGAGCUGAAGAGGAGGCAGGAGAGCGAAGUUACUGUCAAAGGGCUGCUACAGCAAAUAAAAGAGCAUGAGCUUACCAAGGAGGAACAAAUGAAGGAGGAUAAAAGACAAGGAGACGAGUUGAAGCGUCUCAAGGAGCUCUACGACCAGGAGCAGGCCAUGCUGGAGGAGAAAAGACUAGAAGAGAAGAGAAACUUGUUGAAGUCCCACAAUGAGUACAUGUGCAACAGAGACAUGCUCAAAGCUGUGGAGACUCAGAAGCAGCAGAUUGAGGAGGAGAAAUGCCAGAUGUUUGCCAAUGCCAAGCUCAGGAUGAUGAAGCUGAGGAAGGAAAGGGAAGCAGAGAGGCUCAGGGAGAAGCAGAAGGUCAGAGAAGAGUUCAUUGCACGGCUGGCCGCCCAUCAGGAGGAGCAGAAGAUCAAUGAGGAGGAGCUCAUAGCCAAGGCCAUAGAGGAGAAGGAUGCACGGGAGGCCCGUCAGCUGAUGGAGAAAGAGAAGAAGAGGGAUGCCAUGCUCCAGUCCAUUGCUGCUCACCGGGACACCGCGCGCCAAGAACAGGAAGAGAAAGAGAGAGAAGAGAGGCAGAAAGCUUUGGAUUUGCUCAUGGCUAAGAAAGAGGCCGACCGGAUCUUCCUGGAGAAACAGCAUAUGAAGGCCGCAAGAAUGAAGGAGGACAGUCAAACUCUCCAAAAGAUUUACAUCCAUCAGAUGGCAGAGAAACGAGCCAGAGAGCAAAAGCUGACGAAGGACCUGCAGACGUUUGAGAUAACCAACGGCCUGUUGGUGUCUGAGGAGGAGAGACAGUUCCAACAGUACGCCAAGCGCAUCAUCGCCACGGCCAAGGAGGCCGGGCGUGACCCUGGCCUGCUCCAGAGGGCGGCACGAGAGGGCAUCGGGGGAGGGCUGGGCCCCAUCUUUGGUGGGGUACGACCCAGCUACCUGGUUCAGGACGACACCGGUGUUCAGAUGCCCAGUUACGUCGGCGCUGCUUCCCAAGAUAUCAAAGAGCUGAACGAGACGACUGACAUCCAGAAAGCGAAGAAACGCCUGGGAUUCACAUGGUGACACAGGCUGUCAUUUAUAGAAUGAGGUUGUGGGACUAUGGUUCCUGAUGUCUUUCCUGAUAUCAAAACAGAUUUGCUUAAUAAAAGUUUCAUUAAUGUGAA